AUGAACUGGUGUACGGCCCGCUCUAAAGUUGACAGUCCGACGUCACCGACCACCCGAAUCUGUAACCCCUCCUUCACCGGCGGGCCUUUUUCUGUUGCUCCUUUUUUUCUGUUCAACUAUCUAAAGGUAAGAAAUCGAUUCCUUUGGGGUUGUUUUUUCCUAUUUCCAGCAAUUGACCCUGUUCGUAAUAUAGUCCAUUACCCCACUAUGGCUACUGUCGACCAGAAAGUCGCUUUGAUUGUCAUCGAUGGCUGGGGUGUUGCAGGCCCCAACUCCCCACCCCAGGGAGAUGCCAUCGCCGCCGCCGAAACCCCGCACAUGUCCGGCUUCGCCGAGGCCAACUCCAAGACUGCCCAGGGUUACUCGGAGCUCGAUGCCUCUUCCCUCGCUGUCGGUCUGCCCGAGGGUCUGAUGGGCAACAGUGAAGUCGGUCACCUGAACAUUGGUGCCGGUCGUGUUGUCUGGCAGGACAGCGUCCGCAUUGACCAGACCCUCAAGAAGGGUGAGAUGGGCAAGGUUCCCAGCGUGGUCAAGGCCUUCAACCGUGCUAAGGAGGGCAAUGGACGUCUGCACCUGCUGGGUCUGGUCUCAGAUGGCGGUGUUCACUCCAACAUCACCCACCUGUUUGCCCUGCUCGAUGUCGCCAAGGAGAUGCAGAUCCCCGAGGUCUACAUCCACUUCUUCGCUGAUGGACGUGACACCGACCCCAAGAGCGCUGAUGGCUUCAUGCAGCAGCUGGUCGAGAAGACCCAGCAGAUUGGCCUCGGUGCCGUUGCCACCGUUGUUGGUCGCUACUACAUCAUGGACCGUGACAAGCGCUGGGAGCGUGUCGAGGUCGGCCUUAAGGGCUUGGUCACUGGCGAGGGCGAGGACAGCUCGGACCCUCUCAAGACCAUCAAGGAGCGCUACGAGAAGAAGGAGAACGAUGAGUUCUUGAAGCCUAUCAUCGUUGGUGGCAAGGAGCGCCGUAUCCAGGGUAAGUCUAGUCUUGUGUAUCCCUCCCAAUGUGUCAGAAACUGA